AGCAGAUCAAUUACUAAUUAUCAGCCAUCUCUCUCUCUGUAUAAAAGUUGCUACUUGGAUGGAUUCGCUUAAUUGUGAGAGCUUGAAGAAAGAGGACAUGGCAGUCAAAUCUGGAGGAGAUAAGUACAGGCCGUCUCUUUUGCAGGACGAAGAAGAGGGCAUCCAGUGGAGAUACGGUGCCCCUCCGGUCUAUGAUGUUACUAAUAAACUCUUUGAAGAAGGCCGAACCAAGGAAUGGCGGGAAGGAUCCUUGGAAGAGAUCGUUCAGAAGGCUAUAAAGACAUGGGAAAUGGAGGUCUCUCACAAGCUUCACGUACAGGACUGCAAGACCGUAAACCCAGACAAAUUUAAGCUCAUCAUCAAUGGAAGAGAGGGGUUGUCGGCGGAAGAAACGAUAAGACUUGGGACCUACAACGCACUGUUGAAGAGUUCGAUGCCGGAGGAGUUGAAGUAUUACAAGGCGGAGGAAGAGAGCUUCGAGUCGUCGCACGAAGCGUUCCGGACGGCUUUCCCUCGUGGCUUUGCGUGGGAAGUUAUCGCCGUUUACUCGGGGCCCCCGGCGAUCGCUUUCAAGUUCCGGCACUGGGGCUUCUUCGAGGGGCCCUUUAAAGGCCAUGCUCCCACCGGCGACAUGGUCCAGGUCUACGGCAUGGGCCUUCUCAAGGUUGAUGAAUCUCUAAGGGCAGAAGAAGUAGAAAUCUACUAUGAUCCAGCAGAGCUAUUUAGUGGCCUUUUGAAGGGACCAACAAUCACUCAAUCUGAAGCACACCAACACAGAUCUAAUAGUGGCUCAGCAUGUCCAUUUCACAAGUAGAAGCAACCACCCUUUCUUCCUUUCUUUAUUUAUUUUACCUUUUAUAUCAUCAAGUUUGAAUUUCAUAAAAUGAAAAGUCUCAUAUAUGUACUUUUAUUUUUAUUUUUUUAGUUGAUCUAGUAGUGGUAUAGGCCUUCCUAUUUGCGUGUGAUGUUAUGCACGAGUGUUAUGUGCCGGAUUUCUUGUGACUAAAUUUAAUAUAUAUGUGUGUGUAUGUUAUUGAAAAUAAAUCUUCUUAG